UAAUUGUCUUCUGAACUUCUUGCAGAUCUUUACACAAAGAAUAUGUUUCAGCUCCUGCAGUCUGCCUAUUCUACAAUAAGCAUCCAAGACACAGCUCUCUUCCUUGGAAUGAGCGAGGAUGAUGCCACAACUUUUGUACAACAGCAAGGUUGGGCUGUGGACCCUGCUUCUCAAAUGCUUACUGUGAAGAAGCAGCCCAUUGUUACAGAGCAGAAACUGGAUGCCAGUAAAUUGCAGAACUUGACAGAAUAUGUAUUCCAUCUAGAGCAUUGAAGGAGCUUUUAAGAACCUGAAGCUGUGAAUUGUCUUUUUAAUCAGCUGCAUACUUAGAUCAUGUUUAGAAGAGUAAACAGGAUCUCAGAUUUUGUAUUUACGCAACACUUAGGUUCCGAAAAAGUAAAUUGCACAAACAAGUUGAGAACAUCAUCAUGUUAUCUUUGUGUAGCCAAACCCUGAUUGCAUGCAUCUCUUACAAGUUAAAGUCUUUUGUAGUCUAGAGGGGAGGAAACCUGUUUUAGCAAGUAAAGAUUUCAUGUAGAGUAUGCUUUCACA